AUGGCGGCGUCUCUGCUAGGCCUGUACACCAGCGGCAGCGGCCAGGGCGGGAGGGUCCACGGCAGGAGCGGCGGCCUGUGGGCUGCGGCGGUGAAGCAGCUUCUUUCGAAGUUGAGGUGCUCUUGGAGGAGACGCGCGGCGCGGCCCAGGCGAAGCGCGGUUAGGUUCGGGUAUGACCUGCAUAGCUACUCCCAGAACUUCGACGAUGGCAUUGCCUAUGCCUAG